AUGUAACUCAGUGACUAGCAGCCCUAUAGCGUGCUGGGAUCGAGUUUCUUCCUGUCUGUAACAGAUCCCUCUGACCAACACAGACUGGAUCUCAGCUUUUAAUGGCAGCCUCUCUACCAGCUAUCACAACAAGCUGUUUCAUUUCACAGAGUUGUGAUGACCGACACACCGACUGACACAACAACUCCAGACUGGAGGAUCCGACCCUCGGGAUGCCUGGGAGGUGUUCCCAUGGUCUCUGCUUGAAAAGGUUGUAAGAGAGGAGACGAGGAGACGAGAGGACCGUAACACCGCCACCUCUCUCCCGUAGCCUGUGAGGUGUUCCCAUGGUCUCUGCUUGAAAAGGUUGUAAGAGAGGAGACGAGAGGAGACGAGAGGAGACGAGAGGACCGUAACACCGCCACCUGUCUCCCGUAGCCUGGGAGGUGUUCCCAUGGUCUCUGCUUGAACAGUAGAUAGAUAGACAAUAGACAUGGAGGUGGAUUUUAAAGACAUUUGCUGUUGUUUAUCCAAACCCGGCGCCCUGACAGACUGACCAUGCCGUCGCUGUGGAAACGGUUGACCUUUUCCUUUGCCACACUGCUCUGCGUGCUCUCUGCCACUCUGCUGCUGGUUGCCCUGGCGACCGAGCGCUGGGUCAGCGGGAGGAUCCUGUGUGGUACCGGGGCAGAGCUGGUUAGCGCCAACUGUUCUGAGCUGGACAAGUUCACCGGACACAUCUCCUACGGGCUGUUCCAGGGUCAGAAGACGAGGAGGUGUGGACUGGGAAACCGCAGCGCCAAGAUAUACAUCUUCCCUACUCUGGUACAGACCCUGAACACAGGUCUCCAUGUGAUGGUGAUAGUCUUCCUGUUGGUUGCCGUGGGGUUUACUCUGCUCAGCCUCUCAUUCUCUAUCUACAACACACGCAAGGUUCCCUACCAGAGCAUUAAAGGCCCCACUGGACUCUACAUCUGGAACACCAUAGCAGGGGUGUUUGGGUCUUAGCCGUCCUGUGUUUCUUAGCUGCUGUCAGACUCAUCGGUCUCCGGAAC